GGACUUUGUGGAACGAUGAGACCUACAUGGUCUCUGUGGCUGCUCUUUUGGACCUCACUACUACGGGUCACAACUGAACAAGGUGCUCUGACUGUGAGUCCCAGCAGAUCUCAGUUCUUUGAAGGAGACUCUGUGUCUCUGAGCUGUGAGGAGGACAGCAGCUCUGCUGGAUGGACUGUAUGGAGGAACACAACCAGAGGAGUCAGGGCUGGAUGUGACGAAUGGGGGGAACCAGCUGGAUCUACCUGCACCCUCAGCUACAUCGUCCCAUCCGACAGUGGAGUUUACUGGUGUUGGUCGUCCAGAGAGGGAGCAGCCAGCAUCAUCAUCCAGCUCACUGUCACUGGUGGAUCAGUGAUCCUGCAGAGUCCUGUCCUCCCUGUGAUGGAGGGAGAUGACGUCACUCUGAGCUGUCUAACAAAGACCACUCCCUCCAACCUCCCAGCUGCUUUCUAUAAAGAUGGCUCCCUCAUCAGGACUGAGCCCAAAGGUCACAUGACCCUCCACCAUGUGACCAGCUCUGAUGAAGGCCGCUACAGGUGUAACAUCAGUGGUCAUGGAGAGUCUCCACACAGCUGGAUCUCUGUUGAAGAGAAACCCUCCACAACUCCUCCACCUCCUCCUGACCCCACAUCUCCUCUCCACACCAUCCUUCCUCUUGCAUGUGUUGGUGUUUUAGUUUUUCUGCUCCCACUCGUCCUUCUGGUGGGAUGGCACCUCUGCAGGACACCUGAAGGAACAUCUCCAGGUCCCGUUUAUUCAUCAGUGAGGAAACAAGAUGAUGUCAUAUAUGGAACCGUUGCCAUCAGGAUAAACAGGACAGAACGACAAGCAAAACCAGAGCCACAAGUUGUCUACUCUCUACUGAAGACGUCCACAUUAACGUCACAUUGAUCCAUACAGUCUGACCCAGCUUGAAGCUGACUGGUUCCAUGAUCUGUGAGUUCUGCUUCUACUGGAUGGUUCUUCUCCCAGUGGGACCAGCUCAGAGACCCUUGAAAUAGAAGCUGUCAUGAUCGGCUGCUGGAACCAGCCCUAUAGACUUCAGAGCAGCAGAGGCUCCAUGGACCUGAUGACAGGCAUUCUCCACCCAUCUAAGGCUGGCCUUGAAAUGUCUGGCUGAAUUUACAAAGUCAGUUUUAUGUUGUGUCUCUGAUCCAAUCCCAGAAACAGACUGAAGGUUUGUUGAUUGGAUGAAGCCUUUAAACCUUUU